GCAGUCAUUGGGCCUUGGCGCUGCACUGGCUGCGCAAGCUCUGCGAUGGUCCCCUGCAGCCUGAUGGGUUCAGCGCCGCGGCAGCCAUUCGCGCCUGCGAACACGCGGGGCAGUGGCCAUUGGCGCUGGCACUUCUGCAAGGUUUAGGCGCUCUUCGUAUCUCAGCAGAUGUGGUGGUCUACAGCUCUGCCAUUACCACCUGUGAGAAGAAUCAGCAGUGGAAGAUGGCGCUGCGAAUCUUCGAGCAGAUGGAGGAACAAGGUGUUGUUCCCAAUGCUGUGACCUACGCCGCCUGCAUUUCCGCCUGCGGCCGACAGAGCGAUUGGAGACAGGCUUUGCACCUCUUGAUGUCCGCACGAGACGCUCAGCAGUUUUCGACCAUCGCAUGCAAUGCAACCAUUUCAGCCUGCGCCAACGGCCAUGAAUGGCAGGUGCCACUGCGGCUGCUACAGCUGGCUCCGCAGAAGACGCUGUUGACCUUCAGCUCUGCCAUCAGCGCGUGUGAGAGAUGCGCUCAGUGGCAACAUGCAUUGGGAAUCUUGGAGGAGAUGCAGAGAGUCCUCUUCGGUGACACCUCGGUGGUGAAUCUUUGCAUCUCUGCGUGUGUCAAGGCGGACCAAGCGCAGAUGGCCGCGCAACUGCUUCGGAAGGCCUUACCCGACAGAAGCUGAGUUCCCCAGCGACGAGGUGAAGCUGUCGCUCGUGCGGGGGACGCCCAACUAAGCUUGAGGACAACUGUCGGACCGGAUGGACGUGCAGCGACUGGAUGGCAACCUGUACAGCAAGUCGAAGAAGUAGUUCAGAACUGUCAUUCCAGUAGAAGAACUGCUACUUUCACAGAAUUGGAUGAUGGGAAAAUUGGAACUGGAAACUAUAUUUGAUGGGAUUUUAACCAUGGUUUCCGGUGAUGAUUUUCCCAACAAGACCAAUCCAUUGAUACCGUCGUGCUGUUGUGGAG